AUAACAGCUUGGCUUGGCACAAAACAUUUCAUUAAGAAACGGUAGUUGAUCGAAUCAUACAGAGACAGCUAUAGUUGCUUGUUGACUUUCGCUGAUCGUCGAGGGGACUUCAGACUUAGCAGUACACUCUAAAAGGGUUCCAGAAUUCGGCUCUCACAGUCAAGGUUUCCGCAAAACAAACAAGUAUGAUGAAAGAAUUUCUUCUCACGUUUGCAUACAUGAUGUGCACCAUCUCCAUGGCCUGGGGAUGCGUGAGUGGUGCGGGCCCAUCGUGGGAGAUAAGCCAGCCGGGUAGACCUGGACCGGCUGGUAGACCUGGACCUAGACCUAGACCUGGUGUUGUCGGGCCAGAAGAACCAGAACGCCCCGUGAGACCAAGCCGCCCAAGUAUACCUGUCGAGGUUGCGAGAUACUUCGCUGGACUGGUCAGCAAGGAAUCAGCUUUCGCAAGCAUUGAUCUUGAUGGUAAUGGUCUGGUUUGCAUAGAAGAAUGGAAAUUGGGAGGCGGCGCCGUGACAGAAUUCAAUUACAUGCUCAUUCGCCUUGAUGUUAAUGGCGAUAAACUUAUCUCUCUUGCUGAGCUACAACCUUUUAGUGUACCGACUGCACCAACGAAAAGAACCAUUGAGAACUUGGACCUACCAGAGCGUUUGCCUCGCCUACCAGAGCCCUUGCCUCGCCUACCAGAGCCUUUGCCUCAUCUACGGGAGAACUUGCCUCGCCCGCACGAUCCAAGAAGACCGCGUGGCCCUCCAGGCCGCAGAAUCGAACCAAGAAAAUAAAUUCCAGAUUCCAUGAACAACACCAUCGGCAUUAUAAUCACCAUGAAGGACUUCAUGAGCGCCUAUGUUUUAAAUUGUAAGAAAUUGAAGAAGAUAAGCCCAAACACGCAAAUUGUACAAAGACGUUUCUAACUGACUGUUAAAUGCAGUGCGAACACACAUACGAGCAGAACGCGGUCAAUCAAAAAGUAUAACUCCCUCUUAAUAUUUAUUUUAACGGCGGUAGACUUUUGAACUUAUCAUUCCAUCUAAAUUAUUUGAAUUAUUCCGCUUUGUAAGAAUGCUCAGGUUACGCUCCAAAUUGAAAGAUUUUUUUCAAUGGUGAUAAACAUUACUGAUUGUGAUGCUGGUUAGUAUACAGAGAAUACACAGCAGUGAGGGCAUUAGUAACAAUUACCCACACAAGGUACCUUUGGAACAGUCUAACACGCCCGAGGCGAUAUAGGCGAGGGUGUUUGGAUUGUUUUGAAGGUAUCGAGUGUGGGUAAUUUUACUAAUGCCCGAACAACUGAAAAUGAUGUGUACUAUUUGUUUUGUAAGAUUAAGUUUAAUUUGUUUUAUAAAAUGAUGUUUUAUAACAUGAUUUUACUAAUGAUCGGUCAUUACCAUUAGAUAAUGACCGGUCUUUAUCCAAAUUACGCGUUAGGCAAAAUAAAUGCCUGGUCACGUGUACACUUUUAACCAAUCAUUACAUUAGGAUCCAUGUCAUCAUCUUAUAAACUCAACUAAUGUACCUGCAGUUUGGCCUAUCCUAUGUAUUUCGUAAUUAUUAAUUACCUACCAAAAUGCACCAGAGCAUAGACUUGGUAUCGAACCUCUCUACUGCGAGACCACUGCUCGACCAUUGAGCCUUUGAUAUUUGUCAGAACGCACGGCUGAUGAAUCGCACAUAAUAUAUGUAAACGUGUGUCAGAAUAAUAGUCAAAAUUAAGGCAAUGUAUCGGACCUGAACAUUUUUUUGAAGUAUUCGCAGCUGUUGAUACAAAUUAGAACUGCAUGGGAAAAACAAUUUGAAUUAGUAAAUUUAGAAGAAAACAAAUGAUUUUCGUUUUCUUUACUUCAUGUUAUAUCUUCAAAACCGAUCAAUCCGCCAUGUUUUAAAUGUGGAAAGAAUACCUUAUCGUUGUAUAGUAUUUCCUUCGAAAGGAAACUCAAAAGAUAUGUGUUGCCUGCUAAUUAUUAGUAGCUUUAGAGAUCGAGUUGCCUUCCCCAACAGUAACACAUUUUCACGAUAUCUCUAACCCUUUAGAUAGAUAAUAUUUGUGUCGUUCACGCCAUUUUUAUGCUAUGAGUGCCUAUUUUGUAAAUGCAUCAACUCGCCAAGCCUAAAUAGGUUUUCACGAUAUAUUGUCUCUGUAUUAUUUCUCUGUUUUUUCAUUUUUAUCUUAGUAUUGAAUUAUUUUGAAAUUAUCUGUAUAUAUUCCAUGUUUGUACAUAGUAAUAAAACUGGAGAAUCAAGUAA